AUGCCCCAAGAACUUAGGAAACUUCUACGGAAUAUCCUGGUGAGACCACCGAAGAAGUACACAGCAGCGUUGGUUGCCGAUAUUUUCCCGCAUGUCAAGUCUAAAGAAUCAUUAGAUGAUCUUCUCUACUCUGGAUAUUUCCAUGUCAUCUGGAAUUUCUUCCAUGCGGAUGUGACCAAUAACCAUUUGCAGUUGAUCCUCUUAAUUGCUUAUUAUGAGUUGGACUUCUGCAACCAGAGUUCAUGUUUGAAAACCUUGGCUUCAGACAAAUCGAAGCUUCAUGAUCUAGUGGUGAGAGUUUUACAGGCAACAAUGGACCCAUCUGCUAAUAACGUAACACUCAAGGGCUCUGCAUUUCUCUUUUUGAGUGCCUUAGUUCGCUAUGAUGUGUCUUUUCUUCGAGAAAACAAACUUUAUGCCAAAUGGAAUAACAAUGUUCUAGACCAGUAUCUCAGAACGUUUUCCUCGUUGGAAACGGUCCAAUACCCUAGUUAUGCAAAAUGUUUCAUCUACCUUUGCAUCUGCUGGGCUGUAUCUGACGAAGAAAUGAAGUCAAAGAUCAGAAAUUUGCAUGUUGCGCUGUUUUUCACCAGCGGUGGCAUGGGCGAAGCAUUGUCAAAAAGACUAGGCGACUUGCUCUCACUUGUUUGCUAUGAAGAGUCGGACUUCGUAUCAAACCAGGUUAUUUUUCAGGAUUUCGGUCCCAGCUUUGACUUCCUAACUCUAGCCUUCUCCAAACUAGAUGUUUCUCAUACUCAGUUGAAUGAAGCAUUAGAGGAUGUCGGAUCUGAACAACUCACAAAGAUUGCACGAGUGUUGAACAUUGGAAUCGAUUUACCUACUAAGUUUCUCGUUGAGGCAAUUACCACCAAGGUUCUUGGGCCCAGAAUUACAAGAUCCACGACCUUCCAGAUUUCCAGGUACACCGAAUUUGAUCUAUUUGAUCUCUUCGAUACAACAAAUCCUGAAUUAGCCAUUAAUCCACUUAUACCUUACACUUUGGAACUGAUAGAGGACAACAUUACAGAAUAUGAACAGCUGAUUCUAGCAUGGAAGGUGUCGAAGCAGAUCCACAACCAUUUAAUGUCAACACUUGGACGAUUAGCCAUCUCAGACGGAACCAAGGCAGAAGGAAUCAGAGGUAAAAGCAAAUAUUUCCAUAUUGUGGAGACAGCGGAAUUUACAGGAACUUUUGGCAACAUAACGAUCAAUGCACCUGUUGCCUCUUUGAGUGAUGCAGUGAUUCUAUUGGAUGUUCACCGGCCAAAUGAUCGUGACGAAAGACUGCGGAUCAAGAAGUUCGGCAUUCAGGCUGCUCGGGUAGCCAAAGUAUUGUCAUGUCUGGGGAAGCUGGUCAAAGUCCGUGUUGAACAUUUGGGUGAAGCUACAUACAAUGCCUUCAUCUCGCUCCCCGAAAAUGUUUCCACUCAUAACUUACGUCAACUCAACGAUGCGAUUAAAUGCUCUAAGAAGUCACCUAUAUUUGAAAACCAAGGGAAUCCAGACGAAUCUGCCAUCGAAGUGUUCCAUUUGAAAAUGGAUGUACUAGAAAACAUAGAAGGCGUGAAAUUCGAAGACAAAGACCACAGCCACAAACAUUUUCAAUACAACGGAGUCAAAUUCAAUUCCAAUUUUGCUAUGGGAAUGUUCACUUUGGGUGAAUCCCAUGCUUUAUUGGAGAUGCUAACUUCCAGAGUGCUGGUAGUCAAAGCAGAUACUAAUUCUGGCCGUUCUAGUUUGACCAACUGCUUUCUUCACACAUUGCAGCGCAACUGGCCAAAUGAAAGAUGUUUGGUGAUUUUACCUUCUCGGCUGGCGACUACCCAGUUCACGCUUUUUCCGGGUUUGGAGUCAGUAGUCAAAGUCGGUCUACUUCAGAAUGUUACUGAUGUCAUUCGCAGGAGAAGCGAACUUUUAAAGAAGGUGUCAGAAAUUAGUAAGAUUCUCAAGUUAGAUGAGUAUGCUUUCGACACAAAUGCGGUAAAUGCGCUUAUGCUUUUCACGGCACAUAUUGUUCCCAAGUGGGAGGAUUAUUUGAGUCUGCUAAAUAAGUCCAAGCGAGCUAUCGAGCGUUAUCCUUUCGAAAGGUUCAAUUUCGACGAAGAAGAAGACUAUGAGAUUAUGCUUACUGCAGUUCUGGAACAUUAUGCUGCCAUUAAGAAGACUUUUGCAGACCUACAGAAGUUACUUCCACUUGACAAGGUGGAUCAGGACGAUGUACAGGCAAUCCAGCAAUUUCUUGUCAAAACGUCAAAGUAUAUCAUUUCCAGUAUUGAGGACUUAAAGGCUCUGGAAAGCUUCGACAACAUCAUUAGUUUCUCAUCGUCACCAGAGGUACUUAUACCACUCGUCCAAGGAAGCAAGAGAGCGAUAUUCUUCACUCCAGAAUAUUAUGUUGGACUCAUCAAGUCUGCUGAAUCGGUAUCAAACAGCUCUGUAGAACUUUCUACUAUUGGAGUUCGAAAGGAAAUUGCUGCAUUGACUGGAAGCAAGUCUAGUGUUAAAUCAGAAUACAAUCCCGGCUUCAAGCACACUGUGCAACACAUCACUGUUCCGGAAGUAAAGAGCCAGGUUAAUAUCGAUGAAGCCAAAUACGCAGUUUAUCUUUUCCAGUAUUUUCGGCUUCUAGGUUACCCACACCAUCAACUUCUGGUGAUUGUUCAGUCUCCAUACAUGAAUAUUCUCAUAGAGGAAAUCCUCGAAGAACACAAGAUAUACAAAACUGACGUUGCUUGUGACGAUGCUAAAGGAUUCAAGUUUGGCUGGCCCUUAAUUCAGAGCUGUCAAAAUCCAUUCUCAUGUGACUACGCCAUUGUUCUGUGUCACCUGGGCCUCAGCAUGAGAGAAUACUUCGACGUUGCAAAAAGUGCCAGGCUCGGCCUUUACUUUAUAGGCUCCAGCUUGACGGCUCCAUACAAAAUAAGACUGGGAGAUUUAGAGGUCUACACGGGUGCACACUUUUCGUCGGGAAAAGACUCUCGAGCUAAAACUGAAGCCUAUGAGAUGGACGGAGCUGAACAUAUGGGAGAGUAUGUGGAGCAGAUGACAAAGACUCGGAUGGGUUGCUAA